AUGGUUGAUGAAAUAAACUAUGAUUUACGAAUUAUUUAUAUACACACCAGAGUCGAAGAAGAGCUUCACGAAAAAGCUCAUAUCGAUUAUGAUCGUGUAGCUAUUAAAUGGAAUCCUUCGAUCGCUAAAUUGUAUGAAGACGCUUUGAAAUAUGAAGAUGGAUCCGCCAUCGCUUCAUCUGGUGCUUUGGUAACCGCUUCUGGUCUCAAAACUGGUCGUUCUCCAAAAGAUAAACGUAUCGUUGACGAACCUGGUUCUUCUAAUGAUAUUUGGUGGGGGCCUGUUAACACGAAAUUGCCCGAAAAUGUUUUCCUCAUUAAUCGUGAACGUGCUGUAGAUUAUUUAAAUACUCGUAAAAGGAUCUACGUCUUUGACGGUUUUGCGGGGUGGGACCCAAAAUAUCGAAUUAAAGUUCGUGUGGUCUCCGCACGUGCUUAUCACGCAUUGUUCAUGCGAAACAUGUUGAUUCGUCCUACAAUUAAGGAACUUGAAACCUACGGUUCUCCCGAUUUUACCAUUUAUAAUGCCGGUGCUUUCCCCGCAAAUCGUUACACCACCGGUAUGACAUCUACAACAUCUGUUGCACUUAAUUUUCAUACACACGAGAUGGUUAUCUUGGGUACUGAAUAUGCUGGUGAAAUGAAAAAAGGAGUAUUUACCGUAAUGCAUUAUAUAAUGCCUGUAAAACAUAAUGUUUUAUCAUUGCAUUCUUCAGCGAAUGAAGGUCAUGGAGGGGAUGUUUCUAUUUUCUUUGGUUUAUCUGGUACUGGCAAGACUACACUUUCUGCUGAUCCCAAGCGUCUCUUGAUCGGUGAUGAUGAACAUUGUUGGUCAGAUGACGGUAUCUUUAACAUUGAAGGAGGUUGUUACGCAAAAUGUAUUGGCUUAUCUCCUGAAAAGGAACCAGAAAUUUUCAACGCCAUUCGUUUUGGAUCAGUUUUGGAAAAUGUCGUUUAUGAUCGUCAUACUCGUAUUGUAAAUUAUGAUGAUAGUUCAUUAACAGAAAAUACGCGCUGUGCUUAUCCGAUUGAAUACAUUCCUAAUGCCAAAUUACCUUGUAUUUCAUCGGGUCAUCCAAAAAAUAUUAUCUUAUUGACAUGUGAUGCAUAUGGUGUUCUUCCACCUGUCUCAAAAUUAUCACCGGCUCAAGCUAUGUAUCACUUUAUUUCUGGAUAUACGGCCAAGAUUGCAGGAACAGAAGAAGGUGUUACCCAACCGGAAGCUACGUUCUCUGCUUGCUUUGGACAACCUUUCCUUGUACUUCACCCUGCACGUUAUGCAAAGAUGUUGGCUGAAAAAAUGAGACAACAUUCUGCUGAUGCUUGGUUGAUUAAUACAGGAUGGCAGGGUGGUGCUUAUGGAGUUGGUGAACGUAUCAAGCUUAAAUACUCCCGUGCCAUCAUUGAUGCAAUCCAUUCCGGCGAACUUUCCAAAGCCGAAUAUGAAUCUUAUGAUGUAUUUAAUUUACAAAUUCCGAAAUCUUGUACGGGUGUUCCAUCUGAUAUAUUAAAUCCUUCAAGGACUUGGAAAGGUAGUGGAGAAGAAUUUAAACAUACUCGAAAUUCAUUAGCUGAUAGGUUCAUCAAAAACUUUAAGAGUUACGAAGAUCAGGCUACAUCUGAAAUUCUUUCGGCUGGACCCGUCAUCUCGUAG